AUGGAUGCUGAAUUGGAGGCAAAUAUAAUAAAGACAGCUGAAUACGUUCGAGAGCAUGGGAAGGUCUUAGAAGAUAGAUUGCUGAGAGAAUCGGAGGAUAAAUUUCCGUUUUUGAAUAGUCAAGAUGCCAACCAUAGUUAUUAUGUGUCAUUAUUAAAUGGUGAAACAGAAAGUGUACCAAAAUCGAAGCGGGUGGAACCAACAGAUACUGUACCUGAAGAACCACCAUCAUUCCUGUUUAUAAACUAUGAUGAAAACCACUCAGUACCAAGUUCAGACCUUGAAAUAAUAAAGAGAACAGCGGAGUUUGCAGUCACCUCCGGAGGGGAGGCUAGCAUAGGGACUGACGGUGCUUUAGAAAAUGCUAUACGUCUGAUCCAGGACAAAUUUGGUAACAAUGAAACUUUCAAAUUUUUGGAACAUGACCAUACUUUGUACCAGGUAUUUAUUGGAUUUGUGAACAGGUAUGCCCAUAUAGUGCAUAAUAAGAGGAGACGUAUUUUACCACAACAUAAACUUAUAGAACAAUGCUUUAAGAGGGCUACAUAUAAUGAAUACACUAGUCUCAUCACAACAAAUAAUGACAAUUUGCAAAAAUCUUUUAAGAUACGGUUUGCGGCAAUUAAAUGGUUGGACUUUAUAAAUAACGAGAAAUGCAUUGUCAAAUUAGAUCAAUGGUAUAAGGAACAAAAAAUAGAGGAUGAUGGACGUACAAUCUUUAAAACCCCAUUAAAGUUUGAAGAACUUGCUCAGAAAAAUAUAUCGAAAGAAUUGACGAAAAAAGCUCUGAAUGAGUAUUUCUUAAAGCCCAAAGAUGCCGUUAUUAAUAAAGAAGCAGAAAAUACAAAGACUGCUAAUGAACCCACCAAGAAGCGCAAAGGUAAAAUUAUCAAGGAAGCUGGUGAAACAAGGAUGAGGAGAAAAAAGAGAAAAUGA